GUAAGCAUGGAGUCGUUCAGCUCCAAGGAUAUGGCCAUGCAGGCCCAGAAGAAGAUCCUCAGCCACAUGGCCAACAAGUCCAUGGUUCAUAUGUUCAUAGACGACACCAGCAGUGAGAUCCUGGACGAGCUCUACCGCGUUUCCAAAGAGUAUUCAGGCAACCGCUCCGAGGCCCAGAAGGUGGUGAAGGACCUGAUCAAGAUAGCAGUGAAGAUCGGCGUGCUGUUCAGACACAACCGUUUUAGCCCAGAGGAGCUGAGUCUGGCCCAGGACUUCAAGAAGAAGCUGCAUCAAGGAGCCAUGACAGCCAUCAGCUUCUGUGAGGUGGAGUUCACCUUUGACAAAACAGUAAUGUCGGAGAUCCUGACAGGAUGCAGAGAUCUGCUGUUGAAGCUAGUUGACUCCCACCUCACGCCCAAAUCCCAUGGUCGCAUUAACCACGUAUUCAACCAUUACGCCGAUCCCGAGCUUCUGACCCAGCUGUACAACCCUGACGGACCCUUUAAACCAAACCUCACCAAAAUCUGCACCGGCCUCAACCAUCUGCUGGAGGAGGGGACGUUAUGAGAUGUGAGCAAGUCUAUGAUUGUGAGAGAGACACUGGGAUAUCUGCUUGGAGGGGUCUGCUUAGAACUCAAGAGAGGACUGUGUGCAAGGACAGGAAG